AUGCCUCCAUGGCUCGAACGACCCCCACUUUUCGUCAAACGACUGUCGGCCUUGCGCAAGGAAGAACUGCAACGACUGGCCGCCCACUUAGGGCUCGAGGAGGAGGGCACGGUGGCGGCCCUCAAAGCCAGGGCGAGGCAGAAACUCCUAGCCGACAUCAAAUUCUACAUGGCACACCCCGACUUCAAGGCCCUAUUCACGAGGCAAGAACUUGCGGAAAUCAUCGACAACGCGUCGAGUACUUCGAACUCCACCUUCGAAGGACGAAGACAGUAG